AUGGAGAUCAUUCAUGCCGGAUUGCCGCAAGGAUCCCCACUGUCACCAAUUCUGUUUCUCUUUAUGAACGCCAACUUAGUAAACAUUCCCAUCUCCAGGGAGGGUGGUGCUAUUGCCUUCGUGGAUGACUAUACCCACUGGACCGUCGGCGAGAGCGCAGAUGAGAACACAGUGCGGCUCCAAAACGAGAUCAUCCCGCGAGCACUGCGGUGGGCGUCCGAGUCCGGAGCUACUUUCGAGGCCGACAAAACAUCAUAUAUACACUUCACAAGUACACCUCGUGUAAAUCCUCUCCCUCCAUCUCCCCUGCGAGUGGGCCCGACUCCAGUAGCUCCGCAAUCCACGAUCAAGGUGCUCGGGGUGUGGUUGGACCAAGGCUUAAAAUUCAAACUCCACGCCGCGGAAGCAGCCAAGAAAGGAAUUCGAGCAGUCCUCGCACUAAAACGACUGCGAGGCGUCUCCCCUAAUACCGCCCGACGACUGUUCACCGCAAUGGUGACAUCCACGGUGGACUACGCAGCAUCAGUGUGGUGCACUCCCAAAGGUGAUGUAUUUGUACCUAACUGGGUGGUGAAAGCAUUGAAACCUAUCCAAAGAUAUGCAACACAAGCGAUUACAGGAGCGUUCCGCUCCGUCUCAUUAACCAUUGCGGAAAGUGAAGCAAGCAUCGAACCGAUCGAGACCCGGCUUCGGAAACGAAUCCUACGCCACUGGAUCAAAUGCCACACAUUACCAACGAACCAUCCAUUCUGGCACUGCCGCCACCAGGCCGAGUUCGUGGCUCGCGCGUACAGCUCCCCGUUCAUGAAGUUGAGAGAUCUCUGCAGCCCUCGGCCGGAAAUGGAGAUCAUUCAACCAUUUGCACUAAGCCCGUGGAGCUUAACACUGCAGGACUUCAUCAGCCUCUCCGGUAGACCCGUAGAUGUGCAACGCAUACAACGCAGCAAAAGAGCAUGGCUAAAAAUAUUUGUAACCUGCUCGAUGAAGAAGGGAAGUAUACAAGUUGGUCUAACAGCACAAGUCGGUCAAACAACUUUCUUCCAAUGGUCGAAGACCGUUGGGCAGGAGGAGAACAUUAAUCUGUAUUACACACAGCUGGGAGGCAUCUUGGAAGCUACAACAUACAUCUCGAGCAUCACGACAAGGAUCAAAAUGCCCCCCUACAGGAUAUGGACAACCAUAUUCACCAACAACUAG